ACGGUUGUAACAGCACAUUCCAGUGGGGUGGAGUCGGCCAGCUCCAGUGACUCUGAGAGCAGCCCAGGGUCUGAGUCGAGCAGUGAGAGCAGUGAGAGCGGGACAGAGGAGGCCCCACAACCCCUCAGGAACAGCAGCCCACCUGUGCCCAAGGUACAAUCACACAGCACACUGCUUAGUCAUGCACUCAGAACACUUCAAUGACUUGCUUUGUCUCUGAUUGAUCAUACAUACACUGUGGGUCAGUUUCCCGGAAACAAAUUAAAAGUCCUGUCAAUCUCAGAACUAGGUUUUAGGCCCCUGAUCUGUGUCUGGGAAAGCAGUCCUAUACAAUGGCUUGCGAAAGUAUUCACCCCCCUUGGCAUUUUUCCUAUUUUGUUGCCUUACAACCUGGAAUUAAAAUUGAUUUUGGGGGGGGGGGUUGUAUCAUUUGAUUUACACAACAUGCCUACCACUUUGAAGAUGCAAAAUUGUUUUUCUUGUGAAACAAACAAUAAAUAAAUAAAAACAGAACUUGAGCGUGCAUAACUAUUCACCUCCCCCCAAAAGUCAAUACUUUGUAGAGCCACCUUUUGCAGCAAUUACAGCUGCAAGUCUCUUGGGGUAUGUCUCUAUAAGCUUGGCACAUCUAGCCACUGGGAUUUUUGCCCAUUCUUCAAGGCAAAACUGCUCCAGCUCCUUCAAGUUGGAUAGGUUCCGCUGAUGUACAGCAAUCUUUAAGUCAUACCACAGAUUCUCAAUUGGAUUGAGGUCUGGGCUUUGACUAGGCCAUUCCAAGACAUUUAAAUGUUUUCCCUUAAACCACUCAAGUGUUGCUUUAGAAGUAUGCUUAGGGUCAUUGUUCUGCUGGAAGGUGAACCUCCGUCCCAGUCUCAAAUAUCUGGAAGACUGAAACCGGUUUCCCUCAAGAAUUUCCCUGUAUUUAACGCCAUCCAUCAUUCCUUCAAUUCUGACCAGUUUCCCAGUCCUUGCCAAUGAAAAACAUCCCCCCAGCAUGAUGUUGCCACCACCAUGCUUCACUGUGGGGAUGGUGUUCUCGGGGUGAUGAGAGGUGUUGGGUUUGCGCCAGACAUAGCGUUUUCCUUGAUGGCCAAAAAGCUGACCAGAGUACCUUCUUCCAUAUGUUUGGGGAGUCUCCCACAUGGUUUUUGGCGAACACCAAAUGUGUUUCCUUACUUUUUUUCUUUGAGCAUUGGCUUUUUUCUGGCCACUCAUCUGUAAAGCCCAGCUCUGUGGAGUGUACGGCUUAAAGUGGUCCUAUGGACAGAUACUCCAAUCUCCGCUGUGGAGCUCUGCAGCUCCUUCAGGGUUAUCUUUGGUCUCUUUGUUGCCUCUGAUAAAUACCCUCCUUGCCUGCUCCGUGAGUUUUUGGUGGGCGGCCCUCUCUUGGCAGGUUUGUUGUGGUGCCAUAUUCUUUCAAUUUUUUAAUAAUGGAUUUAAUGGUGCUCCGUGGGAUGUUCAAAGUUUCUGAUAUUUUUUUAUAACCAACUUUGUCCCUGACCUAUUUGGAGAGCUCCUUGGUCUUCAUGGUGCCGCUUGCUUGGUGGUGCCCCUUGCUUAGUGGUGUUGCAGACUCUGGGGCCUUUCAGAACAGGUGUGUGUAUAUACACUGAGAUCAUGUGACACUUAGAUUGCACACAGGUGGACUUUAUUUAACUAAUUAUGUGACUUCUGAAGGUAAUUAGUUGCACCAGAUCCUAUUUAGGGGCUUCAUAGCAAAGGGGGUGAAUACAUAUGCACACACCAUUUUCCGUUAUUUAUUUUUUAGAAUCUUUUGAAACAAGUUCUUUUUUUCAUUUCACUUCACCAAUUUGGACUAUUUUGUGUAUGUCCAUUGCAUGAAAUCCAAAUAAAAAUCCAUUUAAAUUACAGGUUGUAAUGCAACAAAAUAGAAAAAAAUGCCAAGGGGGAUGAAUACUUUUGCAAGGCACUGUGUUUCUUUACAUUGAUGCUAUAUUGUCUGUCUUGUCUGUAACCCUCAGGUAAUUAUAUAUAUAGUGCCAAUGAAAAGUCUGGGGGGACACUUACUCAUUCAAGGGUUUUUCUUUAUUUUUACUGUUUUCUACACGUUAGAAUAAUAGUGAAGACAUCAAAACGAUGAAAUAACACAUUUGGAAUCAUAUAGUAACCGAAAAAGUGUUAAACAAAAUAUAUUUUAAAUUCUUCAAAUAGCCACCCUUUGCCUUGAUGACAGCUUUGCACACUCUUUGCAUUCUCUCAACCAGCUUCACCAGGAAUGCUUUUCCAACAGUCUUGAAGGAGUUCCCACAUAUGCUGAGCUCUUGUUGGCUGCUUUUCCUUCACUCUGCGGUCCAACUCAUCCCAAACAUUCUCAAUUGGGUUGAGGUCAGGGUGACUGUGGAGGCCAGGUCAUCUGAUGCAGCACUCCUGCAGUCUGGAGUGUGUUUUGGGUCAUUGUCCUGUUGAAAAACAAAUGAUAGUCCCACUAAGCGCAAACCAGAUGGGAUGGCGUAUCGCUGCAGAAUGCUGUGGUAGCCAUGCUGGUUAAGUGUGCCUUGAAUUCUAAAUAAAUCACAGACAGUGUCACCAGAUGAGCACCCCCACACCCAUCACACCACCUCCUCCAUGCUUCACGGUGGGAACCACACAUACGGAGAUCAUCCGUUGACCUGCUCUGCGUCUCACAAAGACACGGCGGUUGGAACCCAAAAUCUGAAAUUUGGACUCAUCAGACCAAAGGACAGAUUUCCACUGGUCUAAUGUCAAUUUCUCGUGUUUCUUGGCCCAAGCAAGUCUCUUCUUCUUAUUGGUGUCCUUUAGUAGUGGUUUCUUUGCAGCAAUUUGACCAUGAAGGCCUGAUUCACACAGUCUCCUCUGAACAGUUGAUGUUGAUGUGUCUGUUACUUGAACUCUGUGAAGCAUUUAUUUGGGCUGCAAUCUGAGGUGCAGUUAACUCUAAUGAACUUAUCCUCUGCAGCAGAGGUAACUCUGGGUCUUCCUUUCCUGUGGCAGUCCUCAUGAGAGCCAGUUUCAUCAUAGCGCUUGAUGGUUUUUGCGACUGCACUUGAAGAAACUUUCAAAGUUCUUGAAGUUGUCUGGAUUGACUGACCUUCUUGUCUUGAAGUGAUAAUGGAUUGUUGUUUCUCUUUGCUUAUUUGCAUAAUAUGGACUUGGUCUUUUACCAAAUAGGGCUAUCUUCUGUAUACCCCCCUACCUUGUCAGAACACAACUGAUUGGCUCAAAUGCAUUAAAUUAACUUUUAACAAGGCACACUUGUUAAUUUAAAUGCAUUCCAGGUGACUACGUCAUGAAGCUGGUUGGGUGAAUGCCAAGAGUGUGCAAAGCUGUCAUCAAUGCAAAGGGUGGCUACUUUGAAGAAUCUCAAAUAUAAAAUAUACUUUGAUUUGUUGAACACUUUUUUUUGGUUACUACAUGACUCCAUAUGUGUUAUUUCAUAGUUUUGAUGUCUUCACUAUUAUUCUACAAUGUAGAAAAUAGUAAAAAAAAGAAAAACCUUGAAUGAGUAGGUGUGUCAGAACUUUUGACUGGUACUGUGUGUGUGUGUGUGUGUGUGUGUGUAUGUGUGUGUGUAUAUAUAUAUAUAUAUAUAUAUAUCUCCCCCACAGGAGGUGGGUGGCACCUUAAUUGGGGAGAACGGGCUCAUGGUAAUGAGUGGAAUGGUGCCAUUCCAUUCGCUCUGUUCCAGCCAUUAUUAUGAGCCGUCCUCCCCUCCACUAAUAUAUAUUUGUGUUUCCUUACAUUGAUCAUAUAUUGUCUGUCCAACUGCCAUUUAAAUGGUUUGAUUUGUGACCAACACAAAUCAAACCAUUUAAAUGGCUUUAGAGUCCAGGAUGUUGAAAUCGGGCCUAUAUGUUUCUUAACAUGUAUUAUAUAUUGUCUGUCUGUCUGUCUGUCUGUCUGUCUGUCUAGACUGAGGGCCCCGCGGUGACUAACUGGCAGUUGAAUAACUGGAUCCGAGUGAGCCAGCAGAACCCCAGCACAGAGAUCCAGAGUGACGCUCUACUGAGCCCUCUACCCAAACCGCAGCAGAGCCAUGAUGAGGAGGAGGCCAUUCCUCCCAGGGACUACAAAUCCCACACACCCCCACACCACCCAGAGUUCAGUGACGGUGAAGCCAAACCUCAACGCAGUGAGGGCGCUGCCCACAACCAGCAUGUCUGCCACACGUCGCCGGCCGCCUCGCACGUUGGGGACAGCAGCAGCAUCAGCCAGAGAAAGACUGUGGGGAACAAACACCCCUCCAGACCAGCCAAGGCUCCCCGCCCUGAAGACCCUCAGGCUGGGUUACGGGUGGAGAGUGUUGAGGUGGCCCCCCGCGACAAAGACCCCUCGUUCACAGACAGGCCAAAGGUCAAAACGAAAACCGGGCACAGCAGCAGCAAGAGCGGCGGCGCCAAAACGGACAGCAGGAAGCCUGCAAAGCGCGGCGCCUCUGAGAAGAGGAAGACGGAACAACCAGAGUCACAGGGUGGCCCCAAGGUGUCUCUGGUGCUGGUCUGUAAGAGAGAGACGGCUCCUAGUCCCAGCCAUGCCCAGGGGGUAGACCAGCCAACCCCAGCUGUGGUGAAGACCACCAGCGUCAGGACAGAGACCCUCCCGGCCCCUCGGAGGGGCCAGAAAAAGCCCAGGCGCCACUGUCCAGCCGCAGCACACGAGGCCAAGCGGGAGUCUUCAGCCAAAGCUUCCAGGGCCCGCCAGGGGCCUCCACGGGCCCUGCUGGUAAAGAUAGAGCUGAGCCUGCUGUCUAGGGUUCCCCCCCAGGGCUCCAGGCCUUCUCCGGGGGGCCAGGACCCAGCCACCAGGAAGGGACCCUACACGACCCCAGAGAGGGGAGACACCAACCCUACUGCCCCCAUCCCUACCAAAGUCUGCAAAAAGAGACCGGUGGGUUGGCUUUUUGUUGUUAUGAUGAAAUGGUAUGCAUGGUGUUGCUGAUAGUAGUGGUUGUUGUUUAGGAUUUAUGAGAUGGUUUGGGUUCAGCAGCAGUAGUAGCAGCAGUAGCAGUAGUAGUAGUAGUAGCAGCAGUAGUAGCAGUAGCAGUAGUAGCAGUAGUAGUAGCAGUAGUAGCAGUAGUAGUAGCAGUAGUAGCAGUAGUAGUAGUAGCAGUAGUAGUAGCAGUAGCAGUAGCAUCAGUAGUAGUAGUAUCCAACUCUAAAACACAAUGGGGUUGCGCUUGCCAUCAUACCACCAGACACAAUGUCCCGUACUGACUGUACGCCUUCCUCUUACAUCGCCUAAACAUUAACGCCAACUGCAGGGCUCUCCAGAGGGUGGCGCGGUCACCCCAAUGCAUCACCGGGGGCACACUGCUUGCCCUCCAGGACAUCUACAGCACCCGGUGUCACAGGAAGGCCAAGAAGAUAAUCAAGGACCUCAGCCACCUGAGCCACAAGCUGUUCACCCCACUACCAUCUAGGAGGAGGACACAGUGCAGGUGCAUCAAAGCUGGCACAGAGAGACUGAUGAACAGCUUCUAUCUCCAGGCCAUCACUGUUAAACAGUCAUCAUUAGCCAGCCUCCUCCCUGGACCCUGCCCUGAACUUAGUCAUUGUUACUAGCCGGCUACCACCCGGUACUUUAGGGAUUAACGCGUGCCAGGAAAACAUUCCACCACCUCCACCAGCCUGUAGCGUUGUCACCAGGCAGGAUGGGGCCAUGGACUCAUGCUGCUUACGCCAAAUCCUGACUCUGCCAUCAGCAUGAUGCAACAGGAACCGGGAUUCGACGGACCAGGCUGUUGUUUUUCCACUUCUCCAGUUGUCCAGUGUUGGUGAUGGCGUGUCCACUGGAGCCACUUCUUCUUGUUUUUAGCUGAUAGGAGUGGAACCCGGUGUGGUCGUCUGCUGCAAUAGCCUAUCCGUGACGAGCACCGAUGAGUUGUGCGUUCUGCGAUGCCGUUCUGCACACCACCGUUGUACCACACCGUUAUUUGCCUGUUUGUGGCCCGCCUGUUAGCUUGCACGAUUCUUGCCAUUCUCCUUCAACCUCUCGUCAACGAGCUGUUUUCGCCCACAGGACUGCCGCUGUCUGGGUGUUUUUUUUGUCUCGCCAUUCUCAGUAAACCCUAAACACUGUUGUGCGUGAAAAGCCCAGGAGGCCGGCCGUUUCUGAGAUACUGGAACCGGCGCGCCUGGCCCCGACGAACAUACCACGAUCAGUCGCUUAGGUCACUUGUUUUGCCCAUUCUAACAUUCAAUCGAACCGUAACCAAAUGCCUUGAUGCCUGUCUGUCUGCUUUAUAUAGCAAGCCAAGGCCACAUGACUCACUGUCUUUAGGAGCGAACCAUUUUCCUUCACUCUGCGGUGUACCUAAUAAACUGGCCAUUGAGUGUAUAUACUGUGUUCUAGUCCAGGCUCAUCCUAUAUAACUACUACUGUACACACCUUUUCUAUUCAUAUACUGUCCAUACUGUCUAUACACACCAUUAUAUACAUAUAUUCCGGACUCUGAAAUGGCUUGUUCUGAUAUUUCUUCAUUUCUUUCUUUUUUAUUUUUGGGAUUUGUGUGUAUUGUUUGAUAUUGCUGCACAGUUGGAGCUAGAAACAAUUCUCUGCGCCUGCGAUAACAUCCGCAAAAUAAGUGUACGCGACCGAUUUUUGAUUUACAUUUAGAGACGCCAGUCUAUGGCUGGCAAAAUUGCAAAGAAUUGAUACGUACAGUAUCUGGUCCUCGUUUCCUCAGGCUCUCUGCUGAUGAGGUGUACAGGGCAGCCUGGCCUCCUUCACAAGGCUCUUAACAAGGCUGUGCGUCAUUGGUCCUGUAAGGACUGCCAACCUGUACGGUUGACUAACGUUAUAUAUAGUGAAUGUGGUAGUAAAAUGGAGAAUGUCAUCUACUCGAGGGUAAACCCUCUGUUUUUGCUUUUUAGACAAUACAAAUAAUAAUGGUGGUUUCGCCAUAGACGCUUGGUUUGCCCUUUUCAACUGUAAAAAGAGCGAGCCUGUCUCUAAUACGGUUUGUUUUUCAGGCUGAGAAGGAUGUGAAAGCCGUGCCAAGGAAGAAGCCAAAGCUGCAGAAAGAUCUCAAACCCUCCUCUUCAGGUCCUGGUUCCCGCAAGUCUGAGUGAGUAACACUACGCCAUCUCUCUCCUCCUCCUAGCUAGUCAGUAACACUACACCAUCUCUCUCCUCCUCCUAGCUAGUCAGUAACACUACACCAUCUCUCUCCUCCUCCUCCUAGCUAGUCAGUAACACUACACCAUCUCUCUCCUCCUCCUAGCUAGUCAGUAACACUACACCAUCUCUCUCCUCCUCCUAGCUAGUCAGUAACACUACACCAUCUCUCUCCUCCUCCUAGCUAGUCAGUAACACUACACCAUCUCUCUCUCUCCUCCUAGCUAGUCAGUAACACUACAUCAUCUCUCUCCUCCUCCUAGCUAGUCAGUAACACUACACCAUCUCUCUCCUCCUCCUAGCUAGUCAGUAACACUACACCAUCUCUCUCCUCCUCCUCCUAGCUAGUCAGUAACACUACACCAUCUCUCUCCUCCUAGCUAGUCAGUAACACUACACCAUCUCUCUCCUCCUCCUCCUAGCUAGUCAGUAACACUACACCAUCUCUCUCCUCCUCCUAGCUAGUCAGUAACACUACACCAUCUCUCUCCUCCUCCUAGCUAGUCAGUAACACUACACCAUCUCUCUCCUCCUCCUAGCUAGUCAGUAACACUACACCAUCUCUCUCCUCCUCCUAGCUAGUCAGUAACACUACACCAUCUCUCUCCUCCUCCUAGCUAGUCAGUAACACUACACCAUCUCUCUCCUCCUCCUAGCUAGUCAGUAACACUACACCAUCUCUCUCUUCCUCCUAGCUAGUCAGUAACACUACACCAUCUCUCUCCUUCUCCUAGCUAGUCAGUAACACUACACCAUCUCUCUCCUCCUCCUAGCUAGUCAGUAACAACUACACCAUCUCUCUCCUCCUCCUAGCUAGUCAGUAACACUACACCAACUCUCUCUCUCCUCCUAGUUAGUCCAGUAAACACUACACCAUCUCUUCCUCCUCCUAGCUAGUCAGUAACACUACACCAUCUCUCUCCUCCUCCUAGCUAGUCAGUAACACUACACCAUCUCUCUCCUCCUCCUAGCUAGUCAGUAACACUACACCAUCUCUCUCCUCCUCCUAGCUAGUCAGUAACACUACACCAUCUCUCUCCUCCUCCUAGCUAGUCAGUAACACUACACCAUCUCUCUCCUCCUCCUAGCUAGUCAGUAACACUACACCAUCUCUCUCUCUCCUCCUAGCUAGUCAGUAACACUACACCAUCUCUCUCCUCCUCCUAGCUAGUCAGUAAACUACACCAUCUCUCUCCUCUCCUCUAGCUAGUCAGUCAAAAGUAACACUACACCAUCUCUCUCCUCCUCUCUAGCAGUCAGUAACACUACACAUCUCUCUCCUCCUCCUAGCUAGUCAGUAACACUACCCAUCUCUCUCCUCCUCCUAGCUAGUCAGUAAACACUACACAUCUCUCUCCUCCUCCUAGCUAGUCAGUAACACUACACCAUCUCUCUCUCUCCUCUAGCUAUAGUCAGAACACUACACCAUCUCUCUCCUCUCCUAGCUAGUCAGUAACACUACACCAUCUCUCUCCUACUAGCUAGUCAGUAACACUACACCAUCUCUCUUCCUCCUCCUAGCUAGUCAGUAACACUACACCAUCUCUCUCCUCUCCUAGCUAGUCAGUAACAUACACCAUCUCUCUCCUCCUCUAGAUAGUCAGUAACACUACACCAUCUCUCUCCUCCUCCUAGUCUAGUCAGUAACACUACACCAUCUCUUCUCCUCCUCCUACUAGUCAGUAACACACACAAAUCACCAUCUCUCUCCUCUCCCUAGUAGGUCAGAGUAACACUACACCAUCUCUCUCCUCCUCCUAGCUAGUCAGUAACACUACACCAUCUCUCUCCUCCUCCUAGCUAGUCAGUAUCACUACACCAUCUCUCUCCUCCUCCUAGCUAGUCAGUAAACACUACACCAUCUCUCUCCUCCUCCUAGCUAGUCAGUAACACUACACCAUCUCUCUCCUCCUCCUCCUAGCUAGUUCAGUAACACUACACCAUCUCUCUCCUCCUCCUAGCUAGUCAGUAACACUACACCAUCUCUCUCCUCCUCCUAGUUAGUCAGUAACACUACACCAUCUCUCUCCUCCUAGCUAGUCAGUAACAACUACACCAUCUCUCUCCUCCUCCUAAGCUAGUCAGUAACACUACACCAUCUCUCUCCUCCUCCUAGCUAGUCAGUAACACUACACCAUCUCUCUCCUCCUCCUAGCUAGUCAGUAACACUACACCAUCUCUCUCCUCCUCCUAGCUAGUCAGUAACACUACACCAUCUCUCUCCUCCUCCUAGCUAGUCAGUAACACUACACCAUCUCUCUCCUCCUCCUAGCUAGUCAGUAACACUACACCAUCCUCUCUCUCUCCUCCUAGCUAGUCAGUAACACUACACCAUCUCUCUCCUCCUCCUAGCUAGUCAGUAACACUACACCAUCUCUCUCCUCCUCCUAGCUAGUCAGUAACACUACACCAUCUCUCUCCUCCUCCUAGCUAGUCAGUAACACUACAUCAUCUCUCUCCUCCUCCUAGCUAGUCAGUAACACUACACCAUCUCUCUCUCUCCUCCUAGCUAGUCAGUAACACUACACCAUCUCUCUCCUCCUCCUAGCUAGUCAGUAACACUACACCAUCUCUCUCCUCCUCCUAGCUAGUCAGUAACACUACACCAUCUCUCUCCUCCUCCUAGCUAGUCAGUAACACUACACCAUCUCUCUCCUCCUCCUAGUUAGUCAGUAACACUACACCAUCUCUCUCCUCCUCCUAGCUAGUCAGUAACACUACACCAUCUCUCUCCUCCUCCUAGCUAGUCAGUAACACUACACCAUCUCUCUCCUCCUCCUAGCUAGUCAGUAACACUACACCAUCUCUCUCCUCCUCCUAGCUAGUCAGUAACACUACACCAUCUCUCUCCUCCUCCUAGCUAGUCAGUAACACUACACCAUCUCUCUCUCUCCUCCUAGCUAGUCAGUAACACUACACCAUCUCUCUCCUCCUCCUAGCUAGUCAGUAACACUACACCAUCUCUCUCCUCCUCCUAGCUAGUCAGUAACACUACACCAUCUCUCUCUCUCCUCCUAGCUAGUCAGUAACACUACACCAUCUCUCUCCUCCUCCUAGCUAGUCAGUAACACUACACCAUCUCUCUCCUCCUCCUAGCUAGUCAGUAACACUACACCAUCUCUCUCCUCCUCCUAGCUAGUCAGUAACACUACACCAUCUCUCUCCUCCUAGCUAGUCAGUAACACUACACCAUCUCUCUCCUCCUAGCUAGUCAAUACACCAUCUCCUCCUACUAAUAACACUACACCACUCUCUCUCCUCCUCCUAGCUAGUCAAUAACACUACACCAUCUCUCUCCUCCUCCUAGCUAGUCAGUAACACUACACCAUCUCUCUCCUCCUCCUAGCUAGUCAGUAACACUACACCAUCUCUCUCCUCCUCCUAGCUAGUCAGUAACACUACACCAUCUCUCUCCUCCUCCUAGCUAGUCAGUAACACUACACCAUCUCUCUCCUCUUCCUAGCUAGUCAGUAACACUACACCAUCUCUCUCCUCCUCCUAGCUAGUCAGUAACACUACACCAUCUCUCUCCUCCUCCUAGCUAGUCAGUAACACUACACCAUCUCUCUCUCUCCUCCUAGCUAGUCAGUAACACUACACCAUCUCUCUCCUCCUCCUCCUAGCUAGUCAGUAACACUACACCAUCUCUCUCCUCCUCCUAGCUAGUCAGUAACACUACACCAUCUCUCUCCUCCUCCUAGCUAGUCAGUAACACUACACCAUCUCUCUCCUCCUCCUAGCUAGUCAGUAACACUACACCAUCUCUCUCCUCCUCCUAGCUAGUCAGUAACACUACACCAUCUCUCUCUUCCUCCUAGCUAGUCAGUAACACUACACCAUCUCUCUCCUUCUCCUAGCUAGUCAGUAACACUACACCAUCUCUCUCCUCCUCCUAGCUAGUCAGUAACACUACACCAUCUCUCUCCUCCUCCUAGCUAGUCAGUAACACUACACCAACUCUCUCUCUCCUCCUAGUUAGUCAGUAACACUACACCAUCUCUCUCCUCCUCCUAGCUAGUCAGUAACACUACACCAUCUCUCUCCUCCUCCUAGCUAGUCAGUAACACUACACCAUCUCUCUCCUCCUCCUAGCUAGUCAGUAACACUACACCAUCUCUCUCCUCCUCCUAGCUAGUCAGUAACACUACACCAUCUCUCUCCUCCUCCUAGCUAGUCAGUAACACUACACCAUCUCUCUCCUCCUCCUAGCUAGUCAGUAACACUACAUCAUCUCUCUCCUCCUCCUAGCUAGUCAGUAACACUACACCAUCUCUCCUCCUCCUAGCUAGUCAGUAACACUACACCAUCUCUCUCCUCCUCCUAGCUAGUCAGUAACACUACACCAUCUCUCUCUCUCCUCCUAGCUAGUCAGUAACACUACACCAUCUCUCUCCUCCUCCUAGCUAGUCAGUAACACUACACCAUCUCUCUCCUCCUCCUAGCUAGUCAGUAACACUACACCAUCUCUCUCCUCCUCCUAGCUAGUCAGUAACACUACACCAUCUCUCUCCUCCUCCUAGCUAGUCAGUAACACUACACCAUCUCUCUCCUCCUCCUAGCUAGUCAGUAACACUACACCAUCUCUCUCCUCCUCCUCCUAGCUAGUCAGUAACACUACACCAUCUCUCUCCUCCUCCUAGCUAGUCAGUAACACUACACCAUCUCUCUCCUCCUCCUAGUUAGUCAGUAAACACUACACCAUCUCUCUCCUCCUAGCUAGUCAGUAACACUACACCAUCUCUCUCCUCCUCCUAGCUAGUCAGUAACACUACACCAUCUCUCUCCUCCUAGCUAGUCAGUAACACUACACCAUCUCUCUCCUCCUCCUAGCUAGUCAGUAACACUACACCAUCUCUCUCUCUCCUCCUAGCUAGUCAGUAACACUACACCAUCUCUCUCCUCCUCCUAGCUAGUCAGUAACACUACACCAUCUCUCUCCUCCUCCUAGCUAGUCAGUAACACUACACCAUCUCUCUCUCUCCUCCUAGCUAGUCAGUAACACUACACCAUCUCUCUCCUCCUCCUAGCUAGUCAGUAACACUACACCAUCUCUCUCCUCCUCCUAGCUAGUCAGUAACACUACACCAUCUCUCUCCUCCUAGCUAGUCAGUAACACUACACCAUCUCUCUCCUCCUAGCUAGUCAAUAACACUACACCAUCUCUCUCCUCCUCCUAGCUAGUCAAUAACACUACACCAUCUCUCUCCUCCUCCUAGCUAGUCAGUAACACUACACCAUCUCUCUCCUCCUCCUAGCUAGUCAGUAAACACUACACCAUCUCUCUCCUCCUCCUAGCUAGUCAGUAACACUACACCCAUCUCUCUCCUCCUCCUAGCUAGUCAGUAACACUACACCAUCUCUCUCCUCCUCCUAGCUAGUCAGUAACACUACACCAUCUCUCUCCUCCUCCUAGCUAGUCUGUAACACUACACCAUCUCUCUCCUCCUCCUAGCUAGUCAGUAACACUACACCAACUCUCUCUCUCCUCCUAGUUAGUCAGUAACACUACACCAUCUCUCUCCUCCUCCUAGCUAGUCAGUAACACUACACCAUCUCUCUCCUCCUCCUAGCUAGUCAGUAACACUACACCAUCUCUCUCCUCCUCCUAGCUAGUCAGUAACACUACACCAUCUCUCUCCUCCUCUAGCUAGUCAGUAACACUACCAUCUCUCUCCUCCUUCCAUCUCUCUCCUCCUCCUAGCUAGUCAGUAACACUACACCAUCUCUCUCCUCCUCCUAGCUAGUCAGUAACACUACACCAUCUCUCUCCUCCUCCUAGCUAGUCAGUAACACUACACCAUCUCUCUCCUCCUAGCUAGUCAGUAACACUACACCAUCUCUCUCCUCCUCCUAGCUAGUCAGUAACACUACACCAUCUCUCUCCUCCUAGCUAGUCAGUAACACUACACCAUCUCUCUCCUCCUCCUAGCUAGUGUCUUCAAAGCUCUGCAGCGCAUCCAUCCACCCAUAGCUUCUCUGCCCCAAACUACUUCUGGUAUAUCAUUAUUCUCGUAUACCUAUACCAUAACAUUACAAAUAUAUUGGACAUGUUUGGUGAUUUCCAAGCACCUUUAAUAACCUCUUGUUUGCCCAUAUCCCAAGAGACUGGGCUGGGUGUCGGACGUGGAAAGUCCCCCUGUAGAGAUCCACAGCAUUCUGCUCACCGCUCUGUAACACGCUGUCUGGCAUUCUGCUCACCCCUCUGUAACAUGCUGUCUGGCAUUCUGUCUCACAGGACGGAGAGGAAGCGUUCUAAGGGGGCUCCUGUCCCUCUGCAGCAGGACCCUGGGAAAGGGCAGGGGAGCCACAAACGGCAAGCAGUGGAUGCCCCAGAGCCCAGCACAGCCUCGGCAGCCAACCGCAGGAACCGGGAGGCCGUCAAGCACAAGAAGAGCACUGGAAAACAACGCACAGAGCACGCCAAGGUAGGAUAUUUGAGUCAAUGUGUAUGUAAUACAGCACCAGUCAAAAGUUUGGAAACCUACUCAUUCAAGGGUUUCUCUUGAUUUUUACUAUUUUCUACAUUGUAGAAUAAUAGUGAAGACAUCAAAACUAUGAAAUAACACACAUGGAAUCAUGUAUUAACCAAAAAAAGUGUUAAACAAAUCUAAAUAGAUUUUAGAUUCUUCAAUGUAGCCACCCUUUGCCUUGAUGACAGCUUUGCACACUCUUGGCAUUCUCUCAACCAGCUUCAUGAGGAAUGCUUUUCCAACAGUCUUGAAGGGGUUCCCACAUAUGCUGUGCACUUGUUGGCUGCUUUUCCUUCACUCUGCGGUCCAAGUCAUCCCAAACCAUCUCAAUUUGGUUGAGGUCGAGUGAUUGUCGCGGCCAGGUUAUCUGAUGCAGCACUCCAUCACUCUCCUUCUUGGUCAAAUAGCCCUUACACAGCCUGGAGGUGUGUUGGGUCAUUGUCCUGUUGAAAAAACAAAUGAUAGUCCCACUAAGUACAAGCCAGAUGGGAUGGCAUAUCGCUGCAGAAUGCUGUGGUAGCCAUGCUGGUUAAGUGUGCCUUGAAAAUUAAAUAAAUCACAGACAGUGUCACCAGAUGAGCACCCCCACACCCAUCACACCACCUCCUCCAUGCUUCACGGUGGGAACCACACAUGCAGAGAUCAUCCGUUCACCUACUCUGCGUCUCACAAAUAUACAGCAGUUGGAACCAAAAAUCUCAAAUUUGGACUCAUCAGACCAAAGGACAGAUUUCCACCAGUCUAAUGUCCAUUGCUCGUGUUUCUUUGCCCAAGCAAGUCUCUUUUUCUUAUUGGUGUCCUUUAGUAGUGGUUUCUUUGCAGCAAUUCGACCAUGAAGGCCUGAUUCACGCAGUCUCCUCUGAACAGUUGAUGUUGAGAUGUGUCUGUUAAUUGAACUCUGUGAAGCAUUUACUUGGGCUGCAAUCUGAGGCUGGUAACUCUAAUGAACUUAUCCUCUGCAGCAGAGGUAACUCUGGGUCUUCCUUUCCUGUGGCAGUCCUCAUGAGAGCCAUUUUUAUCAUAGCGCUUGAUGGUUUUUGCUUGAAGAAACUUUCAAAGUUCUUUAUGUUCCGGAUUGACUGACCAUGACUUAAAGUAAAGAUGGAUUGUUGUUUCUCUUUGCUUAUUUGAGCUGUUCUUGCCAUAAUAUGGACUUGGUCUUUUACCAAAUAGGGCAAUCUUCUGUAUACCACCCCUACCCUGUCACAACACAACUGAUUGGCUCAAACGCCUUAAGAAGGAAAGAAAUUCCACAAUUAACUUUUAACAAGGCACACCUGGUAAUUUAAAUGCAUUCCAGGUGACUACCUCAUGAAGCUGGUUGAGAGAAUGCCAAGAGUGUGCAAAGCUGUCAUCAAGGCAAAGGGUGGCUAUUUGAAGAAUCUCAAAUAUAAAAUAUAUUUUUAUUUGUUUAACACUUUUUUUGGUUACUACAUGAUUCCAUAUGUGUUAUUUCAUAGUUUUGAUGUCUUCACUAUUAUUCUACAAUGUAGAAAAUAGUAAAAAUAAAGAAAAACCCUUGAAUGAGUAGGUGUCCAAACUUUUGACUGGUACUGUACAUUCAUGCAUGUGUUGCAGUAAUGUUUUAAUGUUAUACAAAGGAAAGAUGCUCAGUAUUUAUGUAGCAUUAAUUGAUUGUAUAAAGCUUGUAUGAAAUCAAUGAGAAUCAGACGUUGAUAUGAAGGCUUUUCUAAUACUGUCUCGUCUGUGGUUCUGUCAGAAUGCCCCCAAGAGCAGUGUUGCCUUCACCAUGCCUGCCCAGCCCACCGGGGCUGCCUCGUCCUCCAGACCCCUGCCUGCCCAGCCCACCGGGGCUGCCCUGUCCUCCAGACCCCUGCUCCAGUUUGAGGACAGGUAAACGUCCCUCCCAGUUUGUCAUCGUUGUGUGAGUCCCCAUUUCUCCAUCUCUAAGGGCUGUUGUUGUGCCUGGUAUGUAACUAUGUUCCUGCUGCCCACAGGCAGCACCCAGUGGAGUAUCAUAUGAAGGAAGCCAAAAUACUGAAGCACAAAGCAGAUGCCACGGUAACUGUCCCCAUUCUUUCUCUAAUUCUCUCUCAAUUCUCUGUUUCUCUUUCGCUUUGUCAUCAGAGAUGAGCUCAGUGGUUUCUGUGGCCCAAUUAAACUAAGGUCUGUGUGUUUCAUCCAGCCGGAUAAGGUGGGCAAAGCUUUCAACUACCUAGAUGCUGCCAUGUCCUUCGUGGAGAGCGGCAUCGCUAUGGAAACCGAUCCCCAGACCCCGAAGUCGGCGUAUACGAUGUUCGCUGAGACCUUGGAUCUGAUCAGGUGAGCAAACAAAAAACCAAUAUGUUUUAGAUAGAGCUCCUUAGCCGUAGUGAGUAGUCUGAGCACUGAGACUACCCACAGAUUAAUAUAAACAGGACAUGUAUGGGGCGGCAGGUAGCCUAGUGGUUAAGAGCGUUGUGCCAGUAACCGAAAGGUUGCUGGUUCUAAUCCCCGAGCCGACUAGGUGAAAAAUCUGUCGAUGUGCCCUUGAGCAAGGCACUUAACCCUAAUUGCUCAUGUAAGUCGCUCUGGAUAAGAGCGUCUGCUAAAUGACUAAAAAUGUAAAUGUAUGAAAUAAUGAUCAAAGUACUCCCUCUGCUGUUCCCCUUCUGACUGCUGACGUAACACCGUUUGGAUGUGUGACAUAGGACAGGAUAUGAAACUCUCCUUUGCUUUACUGUGUUUCCUGUGCUUUGUCUAGUUAUGUUUUUUUUAUUUUUUAAAUGCCACGUCUGCCGGUCUUCACAGGUUCAUACUGAAACUAAAAGGCUCUGUGAACCCCUCGGCCCCUACUACAGACAAGGACUUUACAGUUUUAUGGUAAAUAGAUAACUACAACCCUGCUGUAUUGUAAUGUAUACUCUGCUACACCAAACAAUAGUUUACCAUAUUUCUGUUAAAUGUAAAGUAGUGGCACAUUGUGAUCUAUUUUACCUCAGAAGUCAUUGAAAUGAAGUAUUCCUGGAGAGGAUUAUGGGAACGUAACCUUGUUGUUAUUUUCUGUCUGGCAGUAUGAGGGGCCUGUCCCUUCUACAGAUGGCCAUGUUUCGCUACAAAAGAGAAGUAGCACUUAAGUAUUCAAGGACCCUCACAGAUCAUUUCAAGGUAGGCUUUUAGGAUUAUUGAAUUUGUUCUUUGUUCCUUAGUCUACACAUAUGUUCCUUAGUCUACACGUAUGUUCUGAGGAAUCAACCAGUGGCGUUCUGAGGAAUCAACCAGUGGCGUUCUGAGGAAUCAACCAGUGGCGUUCUGAGGAAUCAACCAGUGGCGUUCUGAGGAAUCAACCAGUGGCGUUCUGAGGAAUCAACCAGUGGCGUUCUGAGGAAUCAACCAGUGGCGUUCUGAGGAAUCAACCAGUGGCGUUCUGAGGAAUCAACCAGUGGCGUUCUGAGGAAAUCAACCAGUGGCGUUCUGAGGAAUCAACCAGUGGCGUUCUGAGGAAUCAACCAGUGGCGUUCUGGGAAUCAACGGGUUGAGGAAUCAACCAGUGGACGUUCUGAGGACUCAACCAGUGGCGUUCUGAGGAAUCAACCAGUGGCGUUCUGAUGAAUCAACCAGUGGCGUUCUGAAUGAAUCAACCAGUGGCGUUCUGAAUGAAUCAACCAGUGGCGUUCUGAAUGAAUCAACCAGUGGCGUUCUGAAUGAAUCAAACCAGUGGCGUUCUGAAUGAAUCAACCAGUGGCGUUCUGAAUGAAUCAACCAGUGGCGUUCUGAAUGAAUCAACCAGUGGCGUUCUGAAUGAAUCAACCAGUGGCGUUCUGAAUGAAUCAACCAGUGGCGUUCUGAAUGAAUCAACCAGUGGCGUUCUGAAUGAAUCAACCAGUGGCGUUCUGAAUGAAUCAACCAGUGGCGUUCUGAAUGAAUCAACCAGUGGCGUUCUGAAUGAAUCAACCAGUGGCGUUCUGAAUGAAUCAACCAGUGGCGUUCUGAAUGAAUCAACCAGUGGCGUUCUGAAUGAAUCAACCAGUGGCGUUCUGAAUGAAUCAACCAGUGGCGUUCUGAAUGAAUCAACCAGUGGCGUUCUGAGGAAUCAACCAGUGGCGUUCUGAGGAAUCAACCAGUGGCGUUCUGAGGAAUCAACCAGUGGCGUUCUGAGGAAUCAACCAGUGGCGUUCUGAGGAAUCAACCAGUGGCGUUCUGAAGGAAUCAACCAGUGGCGUUCUGAAUGAAUCAACCAGUGGCGUUCUGAAUGAAUCAACCAGUGGCGUUCUGAAUGAAUCAACCAGUGGCGUUCUGAAUGAAUCAACCAGUGGCGUUCUGAAUGAAUCAACCAGUGGCGUUCUGAAUGAAUCAACCAGUGGCGUUCUGAAUGAAUCAACCAGUGGCGUUCUGAAUGAAUCAACCAGUGGCGUUCUGAGGAAUCAAACCAGUGGCGUUCUGAGGAAUCAACCAGUGGCGUUCUGAAUGAAUCAACCAGUGGCCUUCUGAAUGAAUCAACCAGUGGCCUUCUGAAUGAAUCAACCAGUGGCCUUCUGAAUGAAUCAACCAGUGGCCUUCUGAAUGAAUCAACCAGUGGCGUUCUGAAUGAAUCUGAGGAAUCAACCAGUGGAGUACUGAAGUCACAGAUAGAACAAUGAGCCAGAAGUUUCACCGGAUGUAUAAAUCUGAAGCAUCCGUUUGGCAUUUCCACUCACCACCAAAUAUUGUGAUGAGAGGAAGUGGAAGAAGAUGGAGCGAGAUAUAUUUUGGCCGUCGUUCUGAAAAUGUUCUAAUCGAUUUAAACAUUUGAUCUCCAUACAGUUUAAUGUUCCCAAAACUAUAAUCUGUUACGAACAGAGUGGACAACGUUUUUAUUUAUUUAAUUUACUGUUUGCAAAAGUUUCAAACAAUUGCAUUGUUUAGGAUUGCAAGGGCGAAUUGAGUUAUUGCACACACGCACUUCACAGAGUAGGCGCUCCCUAAUGGAAAUAUGCAAAUACAUGCUAGAACGCGCCAAUAGGAUCUCGCUAGCUCGUGCUUGGCUCUGCCCACCUUCUUGCUUGUUCUGCCCACUAUGAUUAAUUUGCUCCCAUUGGAAACGACUGUGGUCUAUCUUGGGUUAGUUAUAAAAAAUCUUUGCUAAAGUGCUUUUUUAGUCCAGGUCUUCGGAAAGUAUUCAGACCCCUUUACUUUUUCCCACAUUUUGUUACGUUACAUUGUUACAUUGUUUUUUUCCCUCAUCAAUAUACACACAAUACCCCAUAAUGAUAAAGCAAAAACAGGUUUUGCUAUUUUUAAAAAUUUUUUUAACUGAUAUCACAUUUACAUAAGUAUUCAGACCCUUUACUCAAUACUUUGUUGAAGCACAUUUGCCAGCGAUUACAGCAUCGAGUCUUCUUGGCUAUGACACUACAAGCUUGGCAACUGUAUUUGGUGAGUUUCUCCCAUUCUUCUCUGCAGAUCCUCUCGAGCUCUGUCAGGUUGGAUGGGGAGCGUCGCUGCACAGCUAUUUUCAGGUCUCUCCAUAGCUGUUCAUUCGGGUUCAAGUCCGGGCUCUGGCUGGGCCUCUCAGUCUGAGGUCCUGAGCGCUCUGGAGCAGGUUUUCAUCAAGGAUCUCUCUGUACUUUGCUCCGUUCAUCUUUUCCUAGAUCCUGACUAGCCUCCCAGUCCCUGCCGCUGAAAAACAUACCCACAGUAUGAUGCUGCCACCCAUGCUUCACCGUAGAAAUGGUGCCAGGUUUCCUCCAGAUGUUUGGCAUUCAGGCCAAAGAGUUCAAUCUUGGUUUCAUCAGACCAGAGAAUCUUGUUUCUCAUGGUCUGAGACUCUUUAGGUGCCUUUUGACAAACUCCAAGAGGGCUGUCAUGUGCCUUUUACUGAGGAGUGGCUUCCGUCUGGCCACUCUACCAUAAAGGCCUGAUUGGUGGAGUGCUGCAGAGAUGGUUGUCCUUCUGGAAGGUUCUUCCAUCUCCGCAGAGGAACUCUAGAGCUCUGUCAGUGACCAUCGGGUUCUUGGUCACCUCCCUGACCAAGGCCCUUCUCCCCCGAUUGCUCAGUUUGGCCGUGCGGCCAGCUCUAGGAAGAGUCUCGGUGGUUCCAAACUUCUUCCAUUUAAGAAUGAUUGAGGCCACUGUGUUCUUGGGGACCUUCAAUGCUGCAGAAAUGUUUUGGUACCCUUCCCUAGAUCUGUGCCUCGACACAAUCCUGUCUCUGAGCUCUACGCACAAUUCCUUCGACCUCAUGGCUUGGUUUUUGCUCUGACAUGCACUGUCAACUGUGGGACCUUAUAUGGACGGGUGUGUGCCUUUCCAAAUCAUGUCCAAUCAAUUGAAUUUACCACAGGUGGACUCCAAGUUGUAGAAACAUCUCAAGGAUGAUCAAUGGAAACAGGAUGCAUCUGAGCUCAAUUUCGAGUCUCAUAGCAAAGGGACUGAAUACUUAUGUAAAUAAGGUAUAUCAGUGUUUUAUUUUUUAUACAUUUGCAAAACAUUCUAAACCUGUUUUCGCUUUGUCAUUAUUGUGUGUAGAUUGCUGAGGAAAUUUUUUAAUUUAAUUCAUUUUAGAAUAAGGCUGUAACGUAACAAAAUGUUAAAAAAGUCAAGGGGUCUGAAUACUUUCCGAAGGCACUGUAUAUGAAUGGACAAAGCCUCCGAUCAUUGAAGCGAAAUUAAGUUGGUUAAGAUGGCUUCUCAUGGAGACAUAACGUGCCAUUUGAGCUACUCCAGGAAGUGACGUUGCAGGCUAGCUCGGUGCUGCCCCCACUCAUUGAGUAACUUGAGUUGAAGGUCGACCGGGGUACUGCAGGCUGCAAUUAGCAACUCAAUUAUCCUUAGAACUUCUGCUGUGUGCGAUUUUCAAAUAAUUGGUUCAAAGACAUACACCUGGUUUAUUAGAAGCAAUUAUUGGUACCAAGAUUGUCAUCUAAACUUUUGUUUAUUUACAUGAAGAUUGACCAAGAAGAUUGCAAUUUUUCCAUUCACUAUAAUGGGGGGGAUACUGUUUUCUGCAAACAAUGCCUGCAGUACCGUGGUCGGUCUUAAACUUCCAUGGUUUCAGUGAGAGGGGGCAGUCAUUCUCACCUGGUUUAAAUCUAUACUGAACAAAAAUAUAAACGCAACAUGUAAAGUGUUGUUCCCAUCAUAGCGGUGGGUGCUGUAGCACCCCCUGAAAAAUCUGAAUAAAUAAAUAUAUAUUUUUGAAAAAUCUAAUUUAUCACAAAAGUAGUGCACUGGGCCUUUAAUAGUCUUGUAUUAGCAGACCUGUAUAGCCGUCUGCAGCGCAGGCAAAAACGUCCCCCUAGGUGUGGCAUAUCAAGAAGCUGAUUUAAACCGCAUGAUCACUUCACUAUAGUCCCGUGUAGCUCAGUUGGUAGAGCAUGGUGCUUGCAACGCCAGGGUUGUGGGUUCGAUUCCCACGGGGGGCCAGUAUGAAGACUCACUUAACUGGAAAUCGCUCUGGAUAAGAGCGUCUGCUAAAAUGACUAAAAUGUAAAUACACAGGUGCACCUUGUGCUGGGACAAUAAAAGGCCACUCUAAAAUGUGCAGUUUUGUCACACAACACAAUGCCACAGAUGUCUCAAGUUUUGAAGGAGCGUGCAAUUGGCAUGCUGACUGCAGGAAUGUCCACCAGAGCUGUUGCAGAGAAUUGAAUGUUAAUUUCGCUUAAGCCAUCUCCAACGUCGUUUUAGAGAAUUUGGCAGUACGUCCAACCUGCCUCACAACCGCAGACCACGUGUAACCAUGCCAGCCCAGGACCUCCACAUCCGGUUUCUUCACCUGUGGGAUCGUCUGAGACAAGCCACCUGGACAGCUGAUGAAACCGAGGAGUAUUUCUGUCUGUAAUAAAGCCCUUUUGUGGGGAAAAACUCAUUCUGAUUGGCUGGGCCUGGCUCCCCCAGUGGCUGCGCCCCUGCCCAGUCAUGUGAAAUCCAUAGAUUAGGGCCUAAUUUAUUUAUUUAAAUUGACUAGUUUCCUUAUGUGAACUGUAACUCAGUAAAAAUGUUGAAAUUGUUGCAUGUUCCGUUUUUAUUUUUGUUCAGUAUAUGUCUGGGGAAACUGAUCCUUGGAGCAGUCAACCUAUGUUGUUUUUUUAAACGUUUGAAAUAAAAAUUAUUUAGAUUUUGUCUCACAUCCUCCUUUUCAGAGUUCCUUAAAGCCUGCAGCUCCUUCACCAUGUGUCUCAAAGUAAGUAUUUUACCUAUUGUACAGUAUGUCCUCUCUAAAGCCUGUUCCCUUUUAGACAUAUACCAUUUCUCUCAUGCACAAUCAAUCAGUCAAUCAAUAAUCAAUACUGUUGAUAUGAAAAAGGCUUUAUAAGUAACACUUGAUUGAUUGAUUGAUUGACAGUGAAAUAUACAGCCCAGUGAACCCACAUAAUACAAUGUAUCUUAUACACAAUCAAUCAGUCAAUCAAUACUGUUGAUAUGAAAAGGGCAUUAUAAGGAACACUUGUUUGAUUGACGGGGAAAUAUACAGCCCAGUGAACCCACAUAAUACGUAUAUAGACUGUUGUAGCCGUGCUCAGUCUCAUGCCCUGGCUUGCUCUCUCUUCCUCAGAAGCACUGGCACCCCAUCCCCCAUGUCUCCCAUGCCAUCUCCUGCCAGCACAACCAGUUCUGGGCCGGGCUCCAACCACAGCAGCGGGGUUGGGGUGGGCACCGUCAGCACCGUGGCCAUUCCACAGGUCAUCCAGCAGGUGGCGUCGUCCUACGUCAACAUCACGGCACUCUUCCUGAGUGCUCACGACAUCUGGGAGCAGGCUGACGAGCUGGCCCACAAAGGCAGUGGUGAGGGAGCAGCGGAGGGUUAAAGUCACAGGGAUAUUAUUACACAGGAAUGGAUCCUUUAUAGCUGUAGUUCUGUAUGUCAGCACUAGAGGUCAGGAUCACUCUGGGGGAAAAGAUACUGGUGACGUGGAUAGACAGUUGUAGUAAUAUUCAUGUGAGCAUUUCUUUACUCCUACUCAGUCUGUUGGUAUUUCCUUAUCUCUCCAUCUCUCCAUGUCUCUCUAGGUUUGCUGUCAGAGCUGGACUUGGCUCUGGGACCGUUGAGCCUGGCGUCCACCAUGAGCUCUCUGGUGCGUCACACUCGGCAGGGACUGCAGUGGCUCCGACUGGACACCCGCGAGGCACAGUGACCGCUUCGCAUCCCGGUCCUACCCCACCCUGCCCUGCCCUGCCCUGCCGACAAUACCCUACCCUGCCCUGCCGACAAUACCCUGCCCUGCCCUGUCGACAAUACCCAGCCCUGCCCUGCCCUGCCCUGUCGACAAUACCCAGCCCUGCCCUGCCCUGUCGACAAUACCCAGCCCUGCCCUGCCCUGUCGACAAUACCCAGCCCUGCCCUGCCCUGCCCUGCCCUGUCGACAAUGUCCAGCCCUGCCCUGCCGACAAUACCCAGCCCUGCCCUGCCCUGCCCUGCCCUGUCGACAAUGUCCAGCCCUGCCCUGCCCUGUCGACAAUGCCCUGCCCUGCCCUGUCGACAAUGCCCUGCCCUGUCGACAAUGCCCUGCCCUGUCGACAAUGCCCUGCCCUGCCCUGUCGACAAUACCCUGCCCUGCCCUGUCGACAAUACCCAGCCCUGCCCUGCCCUGCCGACAAUACCCAGCCCUGCCCUGCCGAUAAUACCCAGCCCUGCCCUGUCGACAAUACCCAGCCCUGCCCUGCCCUGUCGACAAUACCCAGCCCUGCCCUGCCCUGUCGACAAUACUCAGCCCUGCCCUGCCCUGCCCUGUCGACAAUACCCAGCCCUUCCCUGCCCUGCCGACAAUACCCAGCCCUGCCCUGCCGACAAUACCCAGCCCUGCCCUGCCGACAAUACCCAGCCCUGCCCUGCCCUGCCCUGUCGACAAUACUCAGCCCUGCCCUGCCCUGUCGACAAUACUCAGCCCUGCCCUGCCCUGUCGACAAUUCCCAGCCCUGCCUUGCCCUGUCGACAAUUCCCAGCCUUGCCUUGCCCUGUCGACAAUUCCCAGCCUUGCCUUGCCCUGUCGACAAUUCCCAGCCUUGCCUUGCCCUGUCGACAAUUCCCAGCCUUGCCUUGCCCUGUCGACAAUUCCCAGCCUUGCCUUGCCCUGUCGACAAUUCCCAGCCCUGCCUUGCCCUGUCGACAAUACCCAGCCCAGCCCUGGCGACAAUACCCAGCCCACCCCUGGAUUCCCCUGUCCAGGACAUCCAUUUUGGUUUUAUUUAUUGACUGGCCGUCAGAUGAAAGCAGGAUCCCAUGUCCCUCUAUAAGUUGUUCACAUGGAUACCAAGUCACCUUUUUAUAUCAUUUUCUCCCAACUACACAUACAUGCAUGCAUACAUACAGUGUAUGUCAGUGAGGGUGUCUCCCUGUGGCCUGCCCACCCCUCCUGGGUCCUGUCUGUCCUGGGGUCAGUGAGGGUGUCUCCCUGUGGCCUGCCCACCCCUCCUGGGUCCUGUCUGUCCUGGGGUCAGUGAGGGUGUCUCCCUGUGGCCUGCCCACCCCCCCUGGGUCCAGUCUCCCUGUGGCCUGCCCACCCCUCCUGGGUCCUGUCUGUCCUGGGGUCAGUGAGGGCGUCUCCCUGUGGCCUGCCCACCCCUCCUGGGCCCAGUCUCCCUGUGGCCUGCCCACCCCCCUGGGCCCAGUCUCCCUGUGGCCUGCCCACCCCUCCUGGGUCCUGUCUGUCCUGGGGGUCAGUGAGGGUGUCUCCCUGUGGCCUGCCCACCCCUCCUGGGUCCUGUCUGUCCUGGGGGUCAGUGAGGGUGUCUCCCUGUGGCCUGCCCAUCCCUCCUGGGUCCUGUCUGUCCUGGGGUCAGUGAGGGUGUCUCCCUGUGGCCUGCCCAUCCCUCCUGGGUCCUGUGUC